CUGCGAUUUCCACCCUCUUCUCCUCCACCACACUCUCACUCUCUCUCACUCUCUCUCUGGAAGCCAUGAGUGACGUCGGAGAACAGACGUGUCCGAUUUGCGCCGAGGAGAUGGAUUUGACCGAUCAGCAGCUCAAGCCCUGCGAUUGUGGCUAUGAGGUGUGUCUGUGGUGCUGGAACCACAUCAUGGAAAUGGCGGAGAAGGAUGGGAGGGAAGGGCGGUGUCCACUGUGCCGAACACCGUACGACAAGGAGAAAAUUAUGAGGGUGGCAGCUAACUGUAAAGCAGUGUUGGUGACUGAAGUUAAUCCAAAGCGGAAGCAGAAAAAGCCUCUGAAAGGACCUGAUGCAAAGAAGCACCUUACUGAUGUUAGGGUUCUCCAACGGAAUUUAGCUUACAUAAUUGGACUGCCUCUUAACCUUGCAAAAGAAGAGCUUCUUAAGCGCAGGGACUAUUUUGGCCAGUAUGGGAAGGUCUUGAAGGUCUCUAUUUCUCGUACAUCAACUGGGGAUAUUCAACAUGCUACAAACAACAGUUGUUGUGUGUAUAUAACAUACUCAAGUGAAUAUGAAGCAGCUCGAUGUAUUCAAUCGGUGCACAGUUUUGUAUUAGAUGGUAAUUCUUUGAGAGCAUGUUUUGGAACAACAAAAUAUUGCCAUGCAUGGUUGAAAAAUGUGCCUUGUAGCAAUGCAGAUUGUAUGUAUCUUCAUGAUUUUGGCUCUCAAGAAGAUAGUUUUUCCAAAGAUGAACUAAUUUCGGCCUUUGAAAGGAGUAAGGAUUUACAGAUUAUCGGUGUUACAAAGAAUCUGAAUCAGCGUUCUGGAAAAGGGUUACCUCCGCCAGUGGAUGAGUUUAGCAAUUCAAAGAUGCCAUCUGCAGCUAAAUCACUAGUCAAACAUCCUUUAAAUAUCACUAGGGAUGAGUUUAAGGUAUCUUGUGCAGAUGAAGACUCUACACGAGCUACUCCUUCAAGAACUUCUUGGGUUACGCAGGUUGCCCCUGGUGUUGUACCCCUUGGAACAAGUUCUGAGUUGCCUUCCUAUCAAACGCCUGACACCUCUGAUGAUGUUCAUGCACAUUCAUCAGAAGUUGUAAGCACUACAAGUUUUAACCACAGAGUAAGACCUGUUACAUCUGAAGACAGCUGUGAAGUGCGUUUUAAUAGUUUGGAUCAUAUGGUACUGACCCGACAGAAUAGUGAAGAAAAUGAUGAAGUAGCUGUGUCGAGUAAAGCAGCAGAAGGGUUUGUAGAUAGCACUCUUGUAGGUAUAACUUCCAGACCUUGCCUAUCAGCAGGUAAAGGUGCUGAUCAAGAUAUUGAAUCCACUGACAUUAUAAUCAACAGAAACUUAGAUUGUCUAUCACCAAACUUAUCCAAAAUUUCAGGUGAUAACAAAGGAAGCAGCUUUUUUACAUUUGAUCCUUCCAGUGUGUUACCAAAGAUGGAAUUAGGGAAGUACUUGGAGGGGUUUGAAAACAAUAAAGCCAGUAUUGACGGAAAUCUUCCUGGAAAUAUAGGGGAGAGUGGCAUAAUCUCAAAUAUAUUGACGAUGAAUUUGGAUACACCUGAGGGUUCUUUAGCAGAGCUUCAUAAUCUGGUUAAUUUGUUGGGUGAAACUGAUAAAGAAUGCAGUCUUCUCAGAGUGCCAAGUUCACGCAAAAUGCCUGAGAAAAAGCAGUCCAGGUUCUCAUUUGCGCAGCAAGAGGAUUCUUGUGAUAAUAUAUGGCAUCCACCCAAGGACUACUCUUCUGUAUCUGCUUUAAAUAAGGACUCCUUACAUGUGGACUCUUCAAAUAUUCUGAGGAGUCGUUCUUUUUCGUCUCCUAAAGCUUCAGCUACAGAAGUACCUACAUCAAUUCCACCAGGAUUUUCAGUACCAAGAAGGGCCUCACCUCCAGGUUUUUCUUCUCAUGGGAGGUCUAGGAAGGGAGACCAGGCUUUUGACGGUUCUGUGAAUCACAUGGUGCUGCCAUCUGCUAUACCUGGCGGUUAUCCUAGCAUCACUAGCGAUGUUGAGCUCUUUGAGGCAUCAAAUUUUGAUAUUGGUAAUGAUAUAUUGGAGAGAGGGAGAACAACUCUGUCACAGUAUAAUUCUUCUCAGCCAGAUGCAAGGCUCCAUAUGAUGAGACAGCAGCCAACUAUUACCCAGCAAAACUUGGGAUUUCAUGACCACUUCAGAAAUACAUACUCUUUGUUGAAUGAUGCAUGCCUAUUUCCUCCACAACAGUCGAAUCAAUUUCAAUCCAAUCCAGCUACAUACGCACAUACCACCCCUUUAAAGGUCAGUCAUGUAGAUGUAUCAAAUAAUCAUUGGGUUCAAUGGAAUGGGGUCAAGAGCGCAAGCGAUAUAGUAAAAUCAGAACUCCUGAGAAAUGAGAGACUUGGAUAUAACAAAUUCAUUCAAGAUACAAACACUCGAUCAAGUUACUUUAGGGAUCUAAACAGCAAAGGGUUUGAAAUGUGAAUUUCUCUGAGCCAAGAUUUUCUCUCAUACUGCUUUGAGGUCUAUUCUGAUGGAGUGGAUGCUUUGGUAGAUGUAAACUCUCUUUGGGAGGAUGUAUCCUUAGUUGAUUUGUGUCACCUGGCAAGGAUCAUGUUCUCACCUUGUUAUUAAAUUUGCAUUCCUGAAAAGAUUAAGUAAUGGGAAUCUGGCUAAUAGCUAAUGCACCUUAAGUGGGAAAGAAUGUUAUGCAUUCAUUGGCUGGUGAGAAGCCCAAAGUAUUGGCAUUUCAUUUCUUUGUGGUAAAGUUUGAAUGCAGUUUCUGUGACUCUCCUAGAGGUGGACGCGCAUAUUACUAAUAGUUGCACCCUUUCUUGAGUUGCAAAAUAUGAAGGAUUUAUAUAUGCUAUGACGGGUACGAGGGAACACGGAUGUGCUGAUACCAUAAUUCGUGUUAAGCAAGGUAGUGCUGCCUGUGCUAGUUUUGGCAAAUAUACUUCGGUCUUGUUUGUGGAUGAGCCUAAUGUUACCUAAUGUCGCAUUGUCGUCUAGUGAAAGUUUGAAGACUGAAAUUUCACCUGUGGGAAUUUGUAAUGAUUAAAUAGAAGUUAUAAAGUAGCUUGAUGUUCUGUCUGAUUCUUA